GCAGAGCGAGCUUACUGUCAGUGUGAUAAUUGAAGCGACAAGGAAGUGUGACUACUUUCCUUUCUGUGCCGGUACAGAAAUCACAAUUUUCCGCUCAGUCUCCUUUCUUUCUCAGUGGCAGAGCGGCCCGCUUUAUCUCCUACUGAGCCAAACUCAGUUGGCUCAAUAGCUGCACCAAGAUGAGGAGCUUUGUCUUUGUGGCUGUCUGUAUCUUUCUCUGUUGUGGAUCAACAAAAGCUCAGUCGAACCUUACAGUUAACCAAGCAGUGUACAUUAUUUCCACCAUUGGUGCUUUCUAUUUCAUUCUAUUUGUCACUAUACUUACUCUCGUUGUUUGUUUUUGUUACAAGAAAAGGAAAGGACGUGGUGUUUGUCCUAUUUCAAAAAAUGCCGAACCAGAAAAACCAAGGCGCCCAGCACACAAAGAAUAUACUCAAGUUACUCCCACAAGUGCAAAACCACAUAGUAAGAAGCAGUUGCGUAUUGUCAAAACGACAAAUGCUGGAGCAGAAGUUAAACAAAGUCCGUUCAAACUAGAUGCUGUUGCUUAUGGAAAUCCAGCAUUUCAUUCCGAUCAAUCAAGCACUACCAGUGACAGUAGAAGCAAGGAAAGCAAAGAAAGCUUUGCAAUUAAAACUGAAUUUUCACCUAAUGAUACAGUCAUAACCAAUGAAAACUUUGUAGGGUUUCCGGAAACACUAGACGAUGAUGAAAUAGAAGAUACCAGCAUCACAGAAAUAUAAUAUUAAAAAUAAUAACAGUAAUAUCAAAACAAUGCACAAAAACAAUGUUUUAUGCCAUUUCUUUGUUAAAUAGUCACUUUUUGGACAAAUUAAA